AUGCUCGGGUGCUCGGACCCCCGACCCAUGUUCACUGUCCCCGCAACUUGGGAACUUUCACCUGCUCACCUCACGAAUACGAAUCUGUACGUCGACGCAACUAUGGGCUGGCUCUGGGGAAGCGGGAAUAGCUCAGGCGGGCAAGACCAACUCGACCCAUCUCUCCGCGACUUCCUCAAAAAAGAGGCGCCCACUGGCCCGAAACCUUCAUUACCCUCCGCUCCCAAAGAAAAGCCCGCCGAGUCGCCAACACCCACACAAGCGCAAGCGCAAGCGCAAACACAGACCGAUCCCGAGAAGCCAUAUGUGCCACCGCAAUCGCAAUUCCAAGAUGGCCGAUACGCCGACCUCUGGAAGACCUACACCCCACAGGACGUCGUCAACAACCGCGGAAAGUCGGAACAAGACAAGUUACGAGACCUCGUAGACGCCUACAACGAUCGCAAAGCCUCGAUCGGACGAGUCGCCAUGGAGAACUGUGCACUGGAAUACAUGAACCAAUUCGAGUGUUUCCAAAAUCCCAAAUCAUGGUGGUCGGCAGGAACCAUGUGCAUCGGCGAGUCGCGCAAGUUCAACCGCUGUUACGACAUACAGUCAAAGUUCUUGAAGGCAUUGGGAUACAUGACCAUGGACGAGCGGUCUCCGGAGGAAGACGAGCGGAUACAAAUGCACGCAGAUAAACUCUACCAGCGCAUGAUACAACAGGAGGAGGAAAUGGAGAAGGCCAAGGUAGAGGGACGGCCAGUGCCCAAAUUCGAAAGCAUAUUGUCGAAACGGAAUGUCGCGGAAGCCAUGAGCGGCGUAUCAUCGUCAGGGAAAUCAGCUGUGCCGAUAGCUGAGAUUGGCAAAUCGAGUAGCAGCAUGGACGAUACCGAUGUGUGGAAGCAGAUCAAGCCGGAAGUACGGGAAGAGUACCAAAAGAAGCUAGAGAGCCUGUCGCCCGAAGAGCGCGAGAUCGAGAGGAUGGCUAUAGUUGGUGAGAUUAGGGCGCAAACUGGUGUGGCAAAGCAGCUGGAACAGACAUUUAUCGAAGAGCGGGUAGCUCGUAUGAAGAGGAAGGAAGCUGGCCAAGCAACAAUUGGCGACACAAUCAAGACGUUGUGGGGAUGGUGA